UAAUAUAAUAUUUAUAUGACGAUAUAUAUUGUUUUGAAGAUUUCGUACAAAAUGAUGAUGGAUUAUUUCGUUACAAAUAAUUCUUUAGCUCCUGCACCUAUGGGAAUUCAAAGUACAGCAGGUGCUGUACCUGUAAAAAAUGAUAAAGGUGAACUUUCUAUGAAAAAAGUAAAAGUACAUCGUUAUGUUUCUGGUAAACGACCUGAUUAUGCACCAGUUGCUAGUUCGGAAGAAGAAUCUGAAGAAGAAGAUUUUUUGGAAAGACGUGUACAUAAAAAUUAUGAGGAAAAUGAAAUUUCUGCAGAUACUCCUACACAUUCACAAAUUAAAAUAUGUGAUGAAGAUGAUCCACGCAUAAGGAGAUUAACACGUUUAGAAAAACAAAAAGAAUCAAAUACUGAAAUUCGUGCAGAAAGACAUAGACAUAUACAUGAACCAGAAUUAAUUGAAGUUGAACCUGAAAGAACUAGAGAAAGAAUUAAAUUAGAAAGUUCAGAUUCUUCAGAAGAUGAAGAAUUAUCAGAUUCUGAAAUUGAAAAAAGACGAGAAGCAUUAAAACAAAGAGUUUUAUCUAAAAAAGAAAAUGAAGAAGAAUUAAUUCAUGGAGAAGAAGAUGAAAGAUCAGGUGAUACUUCAGAAGAAAGCUCAGAAUAUGAAGAAUAUACUGAUUCAGAGGAAGAAACUGGACCAAGAUUAAAACCAGUUUUUGUACGUAAAAAAGAUAGAAUUACAGUAAUGGAAAAAGAAAAAGAAGCAAUGAAACAAAAACAAGCAGAAAUUGAAGCUAAAAAAAUGGCUGAAGAACGAAAACGACAAACAUUACGAAUGGUAGAAGAAGCAAUAAGAAAAGAAGCACAAGUUAAUAAAAAUACAAAUGAUAAUGAAGGAAAACUUGAAGAUGUUUGUACAGAUGAUGAAAAUGAUGAAAUUGAAUAUGAAGCUUGGAAAUUACGAGAAUUAAAAAGAAUUAAACGUGAUCGUGAAGAAAGAGAACAGCUUGAAAAAGAACGACUUGAAGUUGAACGUAUACGUAAUAUGACGGAAGAAGAACGAAGACAAGAAGCGCGAUUGAAUCCAAAAAUUAUUACAAAUAAAGCAGCCAAAGGAAAGUACAAAUUUUUACAGAAAUAUUAUCAUCGUGGAGCUUUUUAUUUAGAUAAAGAUGAUAAUAUAUUUAAACGAGAUUUCUCUGGUGCAACUUUAGAGGAUCAUUUUGAUAAAACAAUUUUACCAAAAGUUAUGCAAGUGAAAAACUUUGGACGCAGUGGUAGAACUAAGUAUACUCAUUUAGUUGAUCAAGAUACAACUCAAUUUGAUUCUCCAUGGAUUUCAGAAACAGCACAAAAUUUAAAAUUUCAUAACAAUCAAGCUGCAGGAAUGAAACAAGUAUUUGAACGACCAUCAUUAAAAAAACGGAAAAAUGAAAAUUAAUCAGGAAGCCCAAGGCAUGUAAGAAUUUAUAUCUCCUUUAGAAAUUAUUGGAUUUUUGGAAGUACCAAAUAAUAAUGUAUUUGAGUCAAUUUCAUUUGGUAAAAUUUGAAACCAUUUUAAUAAUG